AACAAAAAAACAAAAAAACCGAAAGACGGUAAAACAUAGGAGAGUUAUUUUCGCUCGCUUGUCCCCGUUAGUCUUGCGGGCGGCCAUCCCAAAAAAUCCAUGGCAACGCGAUCCCUUUGGCGUACGCGCGCCAAGCUAGCGGUUGCCGCCACUGCCCUUUGUACGGGAGGUGCAGCCGCUACUGUCGCCACCUCUGACGACCCCGCCGCAGCUCUCAAGCUCUGCACCGCCGUCCCUCUCCGCCUUCUCCGUGACUCCGCAACUGCUGCCUCUAUCGUCUUCGAUUACCAGUAUUCAUUAUGGGGACUGCCAGAAGGAAGUAAUGAGAGAGCUAAGAUUAAACAUGAAGUUCAUUUAAGAUCGGCACGAAAGCUUCAAGAACUUUGUUUUAGAAAUGGAGGAAUUUAUAUCAAGCUUGGCCAACAUAUUGGGCAAUUGGAGUACCUAGUUCCUCAGGAGUAUGUUCUUACAAUGAGGGAGUCGAUGUUGAAUAAGUGUCCGGUUUCUUCGUAUGAUCAAGUAUGUGAAGUCUUCAAGAAGGAACUUGGAGAGACACCUGAUAAAGUUUUCGAUGAAUUUGAUCCAAAACCGAUAGCAAGUGCUUCUCUUGCGCAAGUCCAUAUUGCUCGUACGCAUGAUGGUCAAAAAGUUGCUGUGAAGGUUCAGCACACUCACAUGACAGAUACUGCGGCUGCAGACCAAGCCACUGUGGAAUUCCUUGUCAACACUCUACAUCGGUUAUUCCCAUCUUUUGAUUAUAGAUGGUUGGUUGCUGAAAUUCAAGAGAGUUUACCCAAGGAGCUAGACUUUUUGAUAGAGGCAAAGAACAGCGUCAAAUGUUUGGAAAAUUUUCGGAAGCUGUCUCCUCAUAUUGCAGAUUAUGUUUAUGCACCAGAGGUGCAUUGGUCUUUGAGUACCUCAAAGCUUUUAACAAUGGAAUUUAUGGACGGUGCAUAUGUGAAUGAUGUCAUUACCAUUCAAAAACUUGGAAUCCAACCUAGUGAUGUUGCAAGAUUGGUUAGUCAAACUUUUGCUGAGAUGAUGUUUAAACAUGGAUUUGUUCAUUGUGAUCCACAUGCUGCUAAUUUAUUAGUUCGGCCGUUACCUUCUGGCAAAAGGAGAAUUUUCGGCAAGAAAAAGCCACAGUUGAUAUUGUUAGACCAUGGUCUUUAUAAAGAACUCGACUUCUCUACUAGAUUCAGCUAUGCUUCUCUUUGGAGGGCAUUGGUGUUUUCUGAUGCUAAUGGAAUAAAGGAACAUAGUGUGAAAUUGGGUGCUGGGGAGGACCUGUAUGUGCUAUUUGCAGGGAUUCUAACGAUGAGGCCCUGGAAUCGGGUCAUUGACCCAGCUGUGGAUCAUUUGGUCAUAAAAGGCACUGAUAGUGAUCGUUCUGAACUACAGAUGUAUGCAUCUCAAUAUUUCCCUCAAAUAUCCGAGCUUCUCCGUCGACUGCCCCGUGUUAUUCUAUUAAUGUUGAAGACAAAUGAUUGCUUAAGAGCAGUCAAUAACUCGCUGUUACAGGGUUCUUCACUCGAGACAUUUUUGAUUAUCGGAAGAGUUUCUUCCGAAGCUGUUGUCGAAGCAAAAAUGACGCAGAUGAAAUCAUUAUUUUCCCGGAUUGAUAUCUGGUUCGAGGAAUUCCUUUUUGAAGCUCGCCUUUUAGCACUGCAGAUAGCUUUUUGGCUUUUACGAGUCCGUAAUGCAUUGACUUGAACACCGAUUCAGUUCCGAGAACAGUUUUUCAACCGACCUCCGUGCAGGUUGUUUGAGCUCGGAUCAACAAACGUAUUGAUUCUUUAUCACUUCAAAGAAAGGAAUAAAUUCAUAUAAUUCUUUUAUCAUGAUUUCUUAAAAUACCCAUAAUGUGUGGGGCAUUAGUGAAAUGUUAUAGAAAUCCCCCCAUUCAACCGGACGACUUAUGAACUGUAACUACAAGAAAACAUGAUAUUUUUUCUGAGAAAAAAACAGUGGAUUAAUUUCAAUGACAAAGCUGAAUCAGCUGAUUACUCGAUUAAUGAAUCUUUUAGGAUUGUUGCAAA